UUCAAAUAUCAAAACUAUCAAUCUACACUUGCACAACGCCAACCUUUUGAUCUUUGAACCUUCUUCCAGUCUCUAGUUGUAAAUUCUUUUUUUUUAACUGUGUAACCCACUGUCAAGAAAUGGAAAGUUGUUUUUCUACAACAAUAUCAUCAUCAUCAUCUCCCUUCUCCAUCUUCAGUAUUCAGGGUUCUUCAUCAAAUGUUGGUAGAAAAUUUUCUAAGAGUUGUAUGCAUCCUCAGCUUCUCUCCUGUCAACUUCCUAAACCAUUUCUUCAACUUAAUGGCAGACCUAAGUAUCGUCUUAACCAACGAAGGUCCGCUUAUUUAUCUUCUGCAACGUACAAAGAUCCUAUAUCUGCUGAAAAACAGGGUUGGGAUUUGGGGAGAUUUUUUAAAACGUUAUACUUUUUCAAUGGACCACCUUCUCCUGCUAAGAUUGUUGAAUUUAUAAUUGAGAAAUUAUCCGGUUCAUCGCCCGAAGAAUCAGAGAAGAAAAUGGGAACUUCUGACUACGUUUUGGUAGUUGGAGCUACUGGGGGUGUAGGUAGGAGAGUGGUUAACAACUUAAGGAAGAAAGGGUUGCCUGUUAAAGCAUUGGUUAGGAAUGAAGAGAAAGCAAGAAAGAUGCUCGGUCCCGAUAUUGAAUUGAUUGUCGGAGACAUUACAAAGGAGAGCACACUCGUUGCUCAGUACUUCAAAGGAGUGAAGAAAGUCAUAAAUGCUGCUUCUGUCAUUAUUGGCCCAAAGGAAGGGGACACUCCUGACCGAGCAAAAUACAGUCAAGGAGUCAAGUUUUUUGAACCAGAGAUAAAAGGUGAUUCACCUGAAAUGGUUGAGUACAUUGGAAUGAAAAACUUGAUUAAUGCUGUGAGGGAGAGUGUCGGACUACGAACAGGGAAACUGCUUUUUGGAAUUGAAGAUCAGCUUUCAAAAGAACUUGAUUGGGGCGCUUUAGAUGAUGUUGUAAUGGGAGGUGUUAGUGAAAGUACAUUUCAGAUUGAUCGGACUGGUGGUGAAGGUGGUAAACCAACAGGGCUUUUCAAAGGCAUUGUUUCAACGGCAAACAAUGGUGGGUUUACUAGUAUCAGAACAAAGAACUUUUCCUCCCCAGUGGAUCUUAAAGCAUAUGAUGGUUUUGAGUUGCGCUUAAAGGGUGAUGGUCGUCGGUAUAAACUAAUUGUUCGCACUAGCACUGAUUGGGAUACGGUGGGUUAUACAGCAAGCUUUGACACCAUUGGAGGCCAAUGGCAGUCUAUUCGUUUGCCAUUCUCUUCACUGAGGCCUGUAUUUCGAGCACGGACUGUAUCUGACGCUCCACCAUUCAAUCCAAGUAAUGUCGUAUCAUUUCAGCUCAUGUUCAGCAAGUUUGAAUAUGAUGGGAAACUGAAUCCCACUUUUGUAGAAGGACCUUUUGAGCUUCCACUCUCUACCAUAAAAGCAUACAUAAAGGAUCCUAUCACUCCCAGGUUUGUACACGUGAGCUCUGCAGGAGUUACUAGACCGGACAGGCCUGGCAUUGACCUGAGCAAACAACCUCCUGCUGUGCGCUUGAAUAAGGAAUUGGAUUUUGUCUUAACAUUCAAGUUGAAGGGUGAGGAUUUGAUACGAGAGAGUGGAAUUCCUUAUACAAUUGUAAGGCCUUGUGCAUUAACUGAAGAACCUGCUGGAGCUGAUCUCGUUUUUGAUCAAGGAGACAAUAUAACGGGAAAGAUAUCAAGAGAAGAAAUUGCUCUCAUAUGCAUUGCUGCCUUGGAAAGCCCAUAUGCAUGUGACAAGACAUUCGAGGUUAAAAGUGUGGUUCCAUUUAGUGAACCAUUCACAGUGGACCCUGAAAACCCACCCCCAGAGAAGGACUACAAUAUUUAUUUCCAAACGUUAAAAGAUGGCAUUACAGGGAAAGAAAGUUUGGGACAAAGUGCCAUUGCAAAAAGCACUUCUUGGAACAGGGGGAGACCAGAGUCCACUCUUGGUAUAAUCGAAGUUGAAUUCAGACACAUCAAAGAACUUGUCAAGAAGGCGGUCGGAUACAGAUUUAGAAACCACUUGAACCUUAACAGGAGAUGCCUCAACCAAAUCACAAGAAGAUGGAGACGAAAUAACUUCAGAUUCAGAGUUUGACAUUGAUUUUUUUUUGUUUCUCCAAAAAGAAAAUAAUGAUAAUGAUAAUGAUGAUAGCUUAAGCUUGGUCAAGGUUGUUAGAAGGAGAUAAUGGUUUUAGUGACAAAGACAUGUAUGGC